AGUACAAAAAGGGUCUUACCGAUGCGAUGUAAAAGCAGUGCCAUACACCACCUCGGUACAUCCUCAUCAUCAUCAUCUUCGUUCAAGAUGAUUCGUGGUUCGGUUGCGGUUUGUCUGGUUUUUGCGGUGAUAAUCGGUCCGGCCAGGUCCGGUCCCGUUUCGAACCGCAUCGUUGGUGGCCAGCUGGCGGAUGACACUCAACUGCCGUACCAGAUUGCCCUGUUCUACGAGGGCCGGUUCCGGUGUGGUGGAUCGAUUAUCGGGCACCGUCACGUCCUGACGGCGGCACACUGUGUGGUCGAGGAGAACGAAUUAUUGGACGCUAAGUUGCUCACCGUUCAUGCCGGUUCGGCGAGCCUGAAGGAAGGUGGCCACCGGUACACGGUGAAGCGUGCCAUUGCCCAUGAGGGGUAUGUGGCCGUCCAGCACGACAUCGCUGUGCUGGAGAUGAAAGAAGCAUUCCAGUAUGAUAACUACACGCAACCGAUUGCGCUGGCCGAGCAGGAGGUUCCCAUCGGGAGCCAGGUGGUGAUCUCUGGCUAUGGGCGGGUGGGCGAUGGUCAACCAGCGUCCGAUGUCCUGCUCUACAAUACGAUGUUCGUGGUGGAGAAUGAGGUCUGCCAGGAGAUUACCGAAGCUUAUGGGCGGGGAUUGAUCUGCUUGGACAAGAAGGGCACCCACGGGGCGUGUAACGGAGACUCCGGGGGUCCUGCUGCGUACGAUGGCAAGCUGGUCGGUGUGGCGAACUUUAUCCUCGAGCACUGUGGCGGUGACUACCCGGAUGGUUACGCAAAGGUUGCCUACUACAUUGAUUGGAUUCGUCAGUUCCUGCCGUGAGGCAAGAACAAGUUCUUCCCAGGCCAUUCGUCAUCCCAUCCAGGAUGCUGCGGACCACCUACUAACUGCGAUAAUGACGUUCAAAUGAAGUUCAGAAAUUAAACUCCAAUAAUCGGGAAUCGGAAGCACUAGUAUGUCCACCCGGUCUCUGGCAUGUCCGAAUCCUAUAUAUGGGUUCGUCUACCGCA